AUUUAAAUUAUUGAUAGUAGCUAAAGUUAAUCCUAAUACUUGGUUUUCAAUGAUUUAUUUAUGUACGGUUACUACCUAAGUUAAUACCAGUCCUGUGGUUUUAUAAAGGCUCGCAUUUGAAGCCUGGUAAGUUGCCGAUUAGCUGUCAACUGUGUCAAGUCGGCUGCUGGUCAGUGUAGCUUUCCUUUGCCUAAUCGAAAUCUUAUAAUAAUGACUGACGUAAGCUUAUAGUCGAUUUUCUGAAGCAGUUUUUGUAAAUACGGUUACAGUUUUUAGCCAAAGCCACGGGAGAUGAAACCGCUAUUGGUUUAGCACUAAUUGAGGUGUUUUUCGACAGAAAACCUUAAAUUACAGGGGUGGCCGCGGUUUGAUCUAAAUUUAGUGAUAAUUCCCCCGUUUUUUGGUUGGUAUGUCAGUAAUUUUGAGCCCAUUUUGCAACAAUUGCAGCAAUCUUCCCACAGGAAUGUUGUUUAUAAACAAACUACCUAUUGUUGCGUGUUGAAUGACUAUUAUGACAUCACACGCGAUAUUAUUUUGUCUUGAAUUAUUUUGCCGCCCAUUUCUGCCACGUGGUGUAGCUCGUAGAAUAUCACAAAACGGUUUAGAAAUAUAGUGACAGAUAUUUUUCUGAUUUUUUUGUACAUUAGAAUCGAAACUACGUGAUUCACAAAGUGUUAUUCAAAUUAGGAUGUUUAAAUAGUGACUAUUCACCAUAAUUUCUGCUAUAAUGUGUUUUGUCUCGUCUGAAAGGAUGCCUAUGACAUCACAUACAAAUAUUUAACAUUUAAAUUCGUCACGGAAGAGGGACUAACCCUUAUCUGACACCAUCUUGAAAUAAAUUUAUUUUGGUCGAUUUUUCAUCCUUUUUACUAUUUUUCUUAAUUUGUUGGCACUAAUAGCCUCCGGUGUGUCCUAAUUGGCAGGGAUAUUACAAAUAUUUACACUUGGCUCAACUUGAAGCAUCUAAUGUACACAGUUACCGCUUUGUAACACAGAUAACUUGGCACAUUGUACUUUAAUCUUACUCAGUUAUGACAAGUAGUAUUGCUCAAUGAAUGUCAGACACGACAUGAAAAACGUUCGAAUUGAAUUGUCUACGUCACAAGAGGAUUGGAAAGUAGUUCGAGAAUGCUACGUUCAAUCUUUCCAUCGAUACCCGCUGUAUAAGUACAUGAUUCCCGAUGAUAAUAAGAGGGACGCCUUCCUUCGCGCUUAUCUCGACGCUAACUAUGACGUCACAGUCGAUACUGGUCAAGGCAUUCUGCUUGCCAUCAGGCAUAUAAGUACAGAUGCCAAUAGUAAUGAUAUUACCACCGAGACCGAAUGCUCUAUAAACUGCAGCAACAACGAUGCUACAAGUAACAAUAACACAACAAACAAGAACAUCAGAACAACAAUCAUUGGAGGGGUCGUGUUCGUUCCUCCGUCACGUGACGGUCACGGUUGGGCGAUUACAGACGACGAGCCUUACUGGGAAGCUUACGAGAAACAUGGACUCGCUAAAAUCAGCGCAGAAGGAUUCGAGAGAGUCAAAAGAUACGAGGCGUGGGAAAAUGAAAACAUUUGCCGGAAGUUAUCCGGAAGUCGAAUCCCGAUGUGGAACGGACUCUUCUGCGCGAUCUCACCCGAGUACUCGUCCAAAGGACUCGGGAGCGCUGUUUAUAAAGAAGCGAUCCGAAUCAUGGCUCAAUACUGGGUAAACAAAAACCAAACUAUAAUGACUGACGUGCCUGUCAAUUUAGUCAAAAGGGCGGGCAAACAACUUCGGAAGGUUUCGGAAACCGAUUAUCCCCGAAGAUGUUUUAACAUCACGAAUUGUUUCUUUCGCUGCAACAAAAUAUCUUCUGCCCCGGACACCAAUCAUCAUUCCCUCUAUGACGUCAGCUCCUGUGACGUCAAUAGGACGUCAUCAGCAUCUUUGUUACCACCCAGCUCGUAUCCUCUUUUAGUCGCCGUCAGUCACAGCGACAGAGCCGCGCGCUUUCACGAGGCAAACGGGUUUCACCCAAUCGCACGAACCCCCUACCAUGACGAAGUCGAAGGGACUUCACCCUUUUACACCCAUGUUCUAGUCCUGGACCCGUUUAGAACCAGAAAAGUUGACCUUUGCAUGAACCCUUGCCCGACACGUUUAACUCUCUCAAAGUCGCGAAUCAAAUAUAAUUCAACGAUAAAAAUGAUUCACAAAGUUCCAAUGGAACCUUAG